CCUCUUUUCACUUGUGACCGUGGUCCGAGUACCUUCAGUGGACACGUCGUGUUCCCAAAAAUAUAAGCAUACAAAAUUCUUCGUACAGCAGUUAUAGCAGCAGCAGAAGUAGUUUCACGAUACAAAUUAAUUACAAAACACGUAACACACAUCAAUACAAAAACAUAACUUAAAUAAUCAAUAAAUCAGUUGAAUUCACGUUAUAAAUCAAUCAAUACAAAAAAGUGUCAAGAAAACUUUCGAAUUUUUAAAACAACGAAAACGUCAAAAUAUUCGAAUUCUGAAAUGCCUGCCCAAUUUCCUGAAGUUGACCUCGCACCCCCUUCACCCGCCAUGUCGAUGACCAACAAUAACGAGACCGCUAACCGUACUUGCAUCGGAUUCUGUCACGAUGACCUCGUCAUUUCCGGCAUUUCGUGCCGUCUCCCGGAAUCUGAAAACAUGGAGGAAUUCUCCGACAACCUCUUCAACGGAGUGGACAUGAUCACGGACGAUGGGCGUCGCUGGUCUCCCGGUUUGUUCGGGUUGCCGACACGAUGUGGCAAACUGAAGACGUUGGACAAAUUCGACGCCACGUUUUUCGGUGUGCAUGCCAAACAGGCGCAUUUAAUGGACCCCCAGCUCAGACUCUUACUCGAACUGACCUACGAAGCUAUUGUUGACUCUGGAAUUAACCCCACGACUGUGCGAGGAACCAGGACGGGAGUCUUUAUUGGAGCUUCCGCCUCUGAAAGUGACGAAGGCUGGUCUGCAGAUCCGGACAGCAUUAAUGGUUAUGGAUUGACGGGAUGUUGUCGUGCCAUGUUUGCCAACCGAGUCUCGUACACGUUUGACUUUAAGGGACCCAGUUUUGCAAUGGACACGGCCUGCUCGUCCAGUCUGCUUGCGUUUGAACAAGCCAUCUCCGCCAUUCGGUCGGGUCAGUGUGACGCCGCGAUUGUGGGAGGUGUCAAUCUCCUCCUGAAGCCACAGUCUUCUCUGCAAUUCCAUCGAUUAGGAAUGUUAGCUCCGGACGGGAAAUGCAAAGCUUUUGACGUUUCCGGAAAUGGCUAUGUCCGAAGUGAAGCCGCUGUCGCGAUCUACAUUCAAAAAGCCUCCUCCGCUCAUCGUUCUUACGCCACCGUAAUUCACGCAAAGACCAACACUGACGGCUACAAAGAGCAGGGAAUCACCUUCCCCGCCGGCGCCGUGCAGAAACGCCUCCUCGAAGAAAUCUACUCUGAAGCCUGCGUCUCUCCCAGCGACGUGACCUAUGUCGAAGCUCACGGGACCGGAACAAAGGUCGGCGACCCCCAAGAACUCAACGCCAUCGCCGACGUCUUCUGCAAAGACCGCCCCUUGACAAAUCCUCUCCUCAUCGGCUCCGUUAAGAGCAACAUGGGUCACUCUGAGCCUGCAUCUGGUCUCUGCUCCGUGGCUAAGGUCCUUCUCGCCAUGCAGGAGGGUGUCCUACCAGGAAACCUGCACUUUAACGAACCUAACGCCGACAUCCCUGCCCUCUCCGAUGGCAGAUUUAAAGUCGUCAGUGAAAAUCUUCCCUGGGCUGGUGGUUACGUUGGGAUCAACUCGUUCGGUUUUGGCGGAGCCAAUGUCCACGUUGUCUUGAAGACGAAUCCAAAGCAAAAACCGGCCACCCCCACCACCUCAGCCACCCCGAUUCUUAUCCCAUACUCGGGUCGAACAAAGGAGGCUGUAGAAUUCACUCUGAAACAACUCGCCGAAAAGCCAAGGGACGAUGAAUUGAUUGGAUUAUUCCAUGAAAUCGCGAAAGAAGAAAUUCCCGGACAUCAUUUCCGCGGAUAUACCGUUCUCGGAGAGGACCGUGCUGAUUUAGACGUACAACCGGUUACUACAUCUGCUGGAGAGAAGCCUCCAGUCUGGUUCAUCUUUUCCGGGAUGGGUUCCCAGUGGCAAGGAAUGGGCAAGGACUUGAUGAAAUUCCCCGUUUUUGAGAAAUCCAUCAAAAAGUCGGCCAAUUGUCUGUCGCCCCAUGGCAUCGACCUCAUCGACCUAGUCAUGAAUGGAACGGAUGAAAUGUUUGAGAACGUGCUCAACUCCUUCGUCUCCAUCGCGGCGGUCCAAGUCGCCCUUGUCGAUAUGUUGUCCUGCGUGGGCGUCGCUCCAGACGGAAUUAUCGGUCACUCUGUGGGAGAGUUGGGUUGUGCUUAUGCGGAUGGGUGCUUUACAGCGGAACAGACCGUGAUGGCCGCGUAUGCGAGAGGAAAAGCUAUUCUGGAGUCGAAACUUGCUCCAGGCGCGAUGGCCGCGGUUGGUUUGACGUGGGAAGAGGCUAAGGCCCGGUGUCCUUCGGAUAUCUUCCCGGCUUGUCACAACGCCAAGGACAGCGUCACCAUUUCCGGUCCGGUCGACUCGAUCAAGAAGUUUGUCGAAAAGUUGAAGUCGGAAGAGAUUUUUGCGAAGGAAGUUAAGUCUUCGGGUCAAGCUUUCCACAGCAAAUAUAUUGCAGAUGCCGGUUCUAAACUAAAGGAAGCACUAGAUAAAUUAAUUCCAGUUCCAAAACCAAGAUCCACUCGAUGGAUUUCAUCCUCCAUCCCUGAAAAGUCAUGGUCCACCCCGCUCGCUCAAAUGUCCUCCUGCGCCUACCACGUGAACAACCUCUUGUCCCCCGUCCUCUUCCAAGAAGCUAUCGCCCACAUCCCAGAAAACGCUCUGGUCAUCGAAAUUGCUCCCCACUCCCUUCUCCAAGCCAUCCUUAAGCGCUCGCUCUCCUCCAAGUCUACCAACGUUGGGCUCAUGAGUCGCUCCUCCCCCGACAACGCGAACUUCGUGUUGGCCGCACUCGGAAAAAUUUUCAUGGCUGGAUUAACCCCCAAAAUUUCCAAGCUUUACAAGAAGGUCGACUUCCCCGUCGCCCUAGGCACUCCAAUGAUCAGCCCGAUGGUCAAAUGGGACCACAGCAUCACCUGGGACGUCGCCAAGUUUGGACAAGCAGGGGCCCGCUCGGGUGAAAGUGUUGUUGAAGUCUCCCUCACCGGAGAAAACGAUGCUUACCUCAUCGGACAUACGAUCGAUGGAAGAAUCCUCUUCCCCGCGACCGGCUAUUUGCAACUCGUCUGGAAAACUUUUGCCAAAUUGAGAGGAACAACGUUCGACCAGUUGCCCGUCAUCUUUGAGAAUGUGUCCUUCCAACGAGCAACCAUUCUCCAGAAGGAAGGUUCUGUCAAGUUCCUCAUCAACGUGUUGGAAGGAACUGGCGAGUUUGAGGUGUACGAGGGAGGCUCCGUUGCCGUGUCGGGAUUCAUUAAAACUCCGGAAGACGUAGGACAAGAAAUGUUGGCCCUGAAACCGAUCGAAAUUCCACAAAAGCCAAAAUUCAUUCCCUUAACGGGAUCUGACUGUUAUAAAGAACUUCGUUUGAGAGGGUAUGAUUACCACGGCUUGUUCAGAGGAAUUAGGACCUGCGACAAUCAAGGAGAGUGGGGAAAACUUGCCUGGGAAGAAAACUGGGUCUCAUUUUUGGACACGAUGCUCCAAUUUACCAUCAUGUCGCAGCCUAACCGAGGCCUCUAUCUGCCAACGCGUCUUCAAAGGGCGGUUAUCGACCCCCAGACCCUUAUCAACUUCACCCUGAACAACCCUACCUUGAUUUCCGAGGAGGGCGUGACCGUCUACAAGUAUAAGAAACUCAACGUCGUCAAAUGCCCCGGAGUUGAGUUGAGAGGACUGAAAGCCUCCCUGGCGCCGAGAAGGGUGCAAACUCAGGCUUCCCCUAACCUGGAAGAGUACGCUUUCACCCAGUACGUUGACGACGCUAAGACGACCACCCCAGUUAACAAGGUCCUCCGCGCAUGCGUAGAUAUUGUGAUUGAAAACACCCCAGCAUUAAAAUUGAAGGUAGCUGAGAUCGUGCAAAAGGGAGAAGAUUCAGUUGCCCACGAGGUCCACAGAAUUGCCAUGAGUCAACCCAUGUAUCAAGAUGACGUGACGAUUCUCACCCUCAAGUCGGAAGUCGCCAAGUUGGAGGAAGUUGAGAAGGCUGGAAUUAAAAUUGUUGGAAAGGACGCUGUCGCCAAACUCGUGCCCGAACAGGGACUUCAUCUCGUAGUGAUUGAUGACAUCAAGUUGGUUGAGAUUGUUGAGCCAACGCUUAAAGAGAAUGCGUUCCUCUUGGUCCAACUUCCGGUUGGGAAAUUGGCCGUGACGCAUUCCGCUUUUAACACGGUUGCGCACAAGAUUUCAAAAGAUAAGGAGUUUUGCUUGCUGAGAAAGAAAUCUAUCGAAUCAAAAUCUCCCAUCGUUAUUCCCAUCCAAAACCAAAAGUUUGAAUGGGUCGAACUGGUCAAGACUCAUAUGGACGAGUCCUCCAAGGACGCCACUUACCCAGCCAUCUACCUUACCGCGACCACCCCCGAUUCCGGGAUCAUCGGCCUCGUCAACUGUCUCAAACAAGAACCCGGCGGUCACAAGAUUCGUGGUCUCUUCACCCCUGAAGGUAAAACUGUGGUGAUCGACUUCCAAAAACCUAGCCCCCUGCUGAAACGAAUCCUUGAGAACGACCUGAUUCAAAACGUUGUAAAUGAGAAGAACGUCCUCGGCUGCUACCGUCACUAUCCACUCGUAACUGAGGAGGACUCUAAAUCCACCGUGGAGGUCGAACAUGCCUACAUCAACACCCUCAUGCGAGGUGACCUCUCAUCCCUCAAGUGGAUCGAGGGUUCUCUCAAGUACUACAAACCCGAACGUCACCCGAACACGGAACUCUGCACGGUGAAUUAUGCUCCCCUCAACUUCCGCGAUAUUAUGCUCGCCACCGGGAAACUUCCCCCAGAUGCGCUCCCCGGUGAUUUGGCCAUGCAAGAUUGCGUCUUGGGAUUAGAAUUCGCUGGCAAGAACUCGAAAGGAAAGAGGGUCAUGGGUCUCAUUGCUGCUAAAGGUCUGGCAACCACGGUUUUGGCCGAUCCUACUUUCAUGUGGGAAAUCCCAGCCGCGUGGAGCAUGGAGGAAGCCUCGACGGUCCCUGUCUGCUACGCCACCGCGUAUUACGCUCUCAUUGUCCGUGGUAAAAUGGUUCCCGGGGAGUCUGUCCUGAUCCACUCGGGAUCCGGUGGCGUCGGUCAGGCCGCCAUUGCCAUCGCGUUGAGCAUGAAAUGUCGCGUUUUCACCACCGUCGGCUCCGCAGAUAAGAAGGACCUCCUCAAAAAACGGUUCCCCACUUUGACUGAGGAGAAUUUCGCCAAUUCGAGAGACACCUCUUUCGAACAACACGUUCUCAACCAUACCGAUGGCCUCGGGGUUAACCUGGUCCUGAAUUCUUUGGCAGAAGAGAAGCUUCAAGCCUCCGUCCGCUGUUUGUCUGUGCACGGGAGGUUUUUGGAGAUUGGAAAAUUCGACCUUUCCAACAAUAACCCACUCGGAAUGUCCGUCUUCCUCAAGAAUGUGACCUUCCACGGAAUUUUGCUCGACUCAUUGAUGGACAAAGAUCAAGACUCUGCCGACAAGAGGCAGGUCGUCCAGCUCGUGGCUGAUGGGAUCAAAUCUGGUGCAGUGAAACCGUUGCCAUACUCGGUCUUUUCUGAAUCUCAGAUCGAAGAGGCUUUCCGUUUCAUGGCGACUGGAAAACAUGUCGGAAAGGUCCUCCUCAAAAUCAAAGAUGAGAAGAAUGACGCCAAAUUAAUGGUGAAAGCCAUCCCCAAGACAUAUUUUGACCCAUCCAAAGCCUACGUGAUCAUCGGUGGUCUGGGCGGUUUUGGGCUAGAAUUAGCAAACUGGCUGACGGAACGUGGUGCAACCAAGUUGGUGCUCGUAUCCCGAUCCGGAAUCACUACUGGGUAUCAAGAUCUGUGCGUAAGAAGGUGGCGCGAACAGGGCGUCGUUGUCGAAACACCGAAAGGCGACGUUACCACGAUUCCUGGAGCAACAGCAGUGUUCAAAUCCAUCGCAGCGAUAGGACCAGUUGGAGGAAUUUUCAAUUUGGCCAUGGUCCUCCGAGAUGGUUUCAUGGAGAACCAAACCGCCGAAAAUUUUGUCGCUGUGACGCAACCCAAAAUUGACAGCACUAUCGCACUCGACAAAAUUUCUCGCCAACUCUGCCCCAACCUUGACCACUUUGUCAUCUUCUCCUCAGUCUCUUGUGGUCGUGGUAAUGCCGGACAGUCCAACUACGGCCUGGCCAACUCUGCAAUGGAGCGUUUGGUCGAACUUCGCCAGAUGGACGGUCUUCCCGGUCUUGCCAUUCAGUGGGGUGCCAUCGGAGACGUGGGUGUCGUCCAAGAUCACAUGGGUGGCAACGAAACCGUCGUAGGAGGCACGCUCCCACAGAGAAUCGUUUCCUGCUUGAACGCCAUGGACACAUUCCUCCUCCAACAAAAACCAACCGUCGCGUCACUCGUGCUAGCCGACAAGGGUGGAAAGAAGGACGGAAGUGGCAAAAAAGUCAGCCUCGUGGAAGCCGUGGCACACAUUCUUGGAAUGAAGGACGUUUCAAACAUUAACGUCAACGCUAAUCUCGCCGAGCUCGGAAUGGAUUCUCUCAUGGGCGUCGAAGUCAAACAGACCCUGGAGAGAGAUCACGACCUUGUCUUCUCCAUGCAAGAAAUUCGCCAACUUAGUCUCGGUCGAUUGAAGGAGAUUGACGAGGGAAGUUCCGAGUCUGGAGGACGACCAACGUCUCGCCGUGGUUCUGAGGCUGCCGGAAGUGAUACGGGCGACAGUAGCGAAAUGGCCGAACUCCUUGACGCCGAACAGAUCCAGAUGUACAUUCAAGAACUCAUGCCAAAGGAGUGUGUCGUCAAGCUGAACAAUUCAACCAAGUCGAAGGAAAACAUUUGGGUCGUCCACCCCAUCGAGGGAGUCACACGAGGCUUGGAAAAAUUGGCAAACAAAGUUGACAUGACGGUGUACGGGUUGCAAUGCGUACAAGACGCAGAUUUAGAGUCAGUCAACUCCUUGGCAAGCUAUUACCUCAAACAAAUCCGUAAAAUUCAACCAAAAGGACCUUACAACAUUGCCGGGUACUCGUUCGGAUGUACAAUUGCGCUCGAAAUGGCCCUCUUGUUAGGAAAGGAGGAUCAAAAAUUGGUGAAAAAUCUCGUUUUCUUGGACGGAUCUCACAAAUACGUUAGUGUCCAAACUGCCAAGUACAAGGACACGAAGCAAGUCACGGUUCUGGGGGCGGACAGCGAAGCAGACGCCAUGUGUACCUUCCUCAUGCAGUUCGUAUCCUUUGAAUACAUUCGGGUCAAGAACGACCUCGUCAGCCUUGCCACAAUGGAUGACCGAGUCACCCGAACGGCCGAAAUUGCACAGAAAGCUCUUCCUCACAUCAAUAUUGUCGAACUUAAGGAGGCCAUCCUGUCAUUUUACAAGAAGCUCGUUAUCGCUGAUAAGUACACACCGUCCUCAAAAUUCGGUGGGCGCGCAAUUCUCAUAAAGGCGUUGAAAAAUAUGUUCUCCGAAGUUCUUGGGGAAGAUUACAGCCUCUCUCAGGUAUGCUCAAAACCAGUUGAAAUUCACGGUGUGGAAGGAACCCAUCGUUCAUUCAUCGUGGAACCAUCCGUCGACCAAGUUGCCACGCUAAUCAACAAGCUCUAAAUAGUUAUGAAAUUUAACUCGGAAAAAUUGAAACAAAAUGUGAUGAUCUGUCUGCAAAAUAUGUACCAAUAUUUGUAUAUUUUAAUUGUUAUUCCUCCGACACAUAUAUAUUUUCCUGACGCAACCCAACUGAUGAUAAUGAGACUUUCAGUUCCUGAUAAAAAUAUGUUUCUACUUUAUUAAAAAAAAUACGUGUCGAAAAACAAAUCUAGUUUUAUCUUAGUGGUUAAGUUUAGUUUAAUAUGUAACACUGCUGCUGCUGCUUCUGCUAAAUAUGUGACUUAAUAAAACGUUUAAAAAAUAUACAA